AUGAAUGGCGCGAGUGUUAUGCGCAGGCUCAUGGUCGUAGCCUCAGUGCGACACGUCGGCGAGUCUACGCGAAUACCGUUAGCCCAGACGACACUUAUCCAUGCGAUAGUCGUUGGCAUGCAAGGAGUCAUGAUCAAAAGUCUCACGUUCGAUUGUAACUUCACCAAACGUGCCUUACCCUACUUCUCCGUUCUUCCAGGAGAGUACUUAGUUGAUCACGUGAUUCCAUACAAUGAAGUUGUCCCUGGAUCUGAGAGCGUACUGCAGAUAGACUUAGCUUACCCUGAAGAUUACCCCGGUGACAUAGAAGAAAGUAACUAUGUUCUGGUCUAUGGAAUAAGCUUCGAUCUACACAACCUUUCGCCUCUAGGAAAGUUUCUACCUGAGGUUGUCUCACUGUUGUUUUAUUAUGGAGCAGAGUCCGCAAGAGCAUCACACAGGUUCGAACACCCCUUGCUGUUCACUCUUUAUUCUGCUGGAUAUGCAGCGUAUCACGGGAGAAAGUACCUAAUGGCGGACUCGUACUUUCAGCGUUUAGCGGAGAGCAUCGGGAGCACUCUCUUGACACAGCAGCAGCAAGGGCAAGGGCAAGAUAAGCAGCGGCUAGAUAUCACCACGGUUCGUGUCCUGGCAUCUCUGUCCGUGACUAGAUUGAUAGCAGUCGUUGGCUUAAAUAAGCACGAGAAGGCAUAUGACGCAGCAGUCCGUUUCUAUGCUACUCUGCGGUGGUUCUUCUUGACUCUUCUUAGCUGGUAUUCACAGACUAUUGGCACUAGUAGGGUAUCAGAGACGCGCGCGAAACUCUUCACUGAGCAUUAUACUCACCUUGCGGAAACGCUUCAUUCAGUACCUAUUCAAGCGCGCCCCCUUGUCUCUCUGGAGACGUGCUUCUUACCUUGCAUAUACGACCUGCUCUUUCUUCUUAUUCUCGAUACUGCGGAAGAUCUUACUUCUGCUCAGCUCUUGGAGCUUAUUAGUUCCUACUCGCCAAACUCGUCUACGGCCCUCUCUAUGCUCUGCGCAAGCACUAAGCAGCUUAUUGGUCUCUCUCGUUCUCGGACAAUCUUUGACACAGCUGAGAAGACCUCUGCUGUUACAUAUCUGUUAGACCUUGUCCUGCGAUCCAGCAUGUUGUCUCUGCAACCUGAGAUACUUAAGUUACUCGUUACACCCUUUGUCCUCCAGCUAACCUCUUUCUCAACAGAGCACCAUGCCUUAACUGGUCAGGCUCUUAUGGUACUGCAAACUGUUCGGGAUAGAUUAUUGUGUCUUUCGCCGACGUCACUCUUCAGGUUUACCGUUGACUUGUUUGGACUAUUCGAUCCAGCAGUUCUUCUGCAAAUCACUGAUUCCGAAGAGGGGCAGUUCUUGCAUACGUUAAUUAUUGAUAUUCUAAAUGUGCUUGGCACCGCACGGUUGGCUAUAGAUUUCCAUUCAUUUUUUCCCUUAUCACAGCAACCCGAUGGUCACAGUCCUGGAAAUAAUAAGACCUACUGGGACCUUGAGCGCUAUAUUAAGUCUCUCUCUUAUCUGUUCGAGGUAACGAUAACACUAGUUCGUCAAAUAAGACAUACAUACAUUUAUUUUCACACAAUUAAUAGAAAAUAUAAUAAAUUGUUGGGAGAAAAUAAGGACAAUCCAAGUCAAGCACAACAGACAGAAGCACUAGCGUCACUGAAGGAAAAGUACCACCUUUCGUCUAAGGAAAUUGAGACUCUGUUAGCCUUCCGGAACGAUUCUCUUUCUCCGCUCCAAAACCAGCUAGAUUUGACUAUAAAGCUAAAUAUUCUUCUUGGGAACACCUUUGGUACCAUCCUUCUGUGUUCUCAGCAUCAGAGAAUUGUGCCCUGUAGUGAGCUGGUGUCCUCCCUUAACUCAUAUUUCUAUAAGUGUUCAGCGUGUAUAGGGCUAGUCCUGUGUAACUUGGAUGAAAUUCCUAUUCGUGGAGUCCCGGCCAGGGAGCAGGCAGUGUAUGCAAAGGCAUCACUAGUAAAGGAGCCACAUGAUGUACAUGACAUUGCUGUUCUGGCACCACUUCUGAUCGAUUUCAAGCUGUCGGAGCUCGUUGAGUCUAAGAUGCUUGUGUAUAAGCCAUUAUCCACAGACAUCUUUAAGUAUCCCAAUCUUUCCAAUGCAAUCCUACAUGUGUUGGGCAAUUUCUUUGCUGGGUUCGGAUUUUGUGUCUCCGUGGCCGCGAAUCGUCCUUUUGGCGACAACCCACACACACAUGAUGCAUCCAAAAUGAUGGUUACAACUCCCACAGCUAGAUGUGGUACUAAGCUCAACACCAAGGUUUAUAGCUCUCCUUUAUCAAGCUCUGCUACCUCACCAUGUCAACAAGAGUAUGGCCGCGGGAAGAUGCCGCCCCAGCUGGCCCCAGAAGCUGCCACGGUGAAUUGCUCUACAAGCUCUAGUACAUCCACUGAGCAAGAGCCUUACAAUGCAUAUCUUUCCCUCAUACAAUAUUAUUACUUGGAAUCCUCGCCUGAUCUACCAUUCCUUAAGCCCAUUACUAUCUUUCUCAAUACACUUUUUGCAUCUGGCAUCAUACUGGGAAAUCGGAUCGCUCACAGGAAUAAGGAGGAGCGUGUUUAUCAUUGCUCGUUAAGUAUCUCUGAUUUGGGGCUAGAAAAGCUAACGUCUACUGAGCUAUAUUCGUUUGCAGAAAAUAUUUGGUACUUUGUUCGAUAUUACAGCAAUUCACUCUUUCAAUGCACUACCUACUCCGAUCUACUUUUUGGAGCUUAUAUGCUGGAAUUCAUACGCUUUUCUCGCUUCAACUCUUUGAACGAGGUUCUCCUGUGCCAAUUUAUUAACUAUUCCCAGCUAUAUUGGUCGGAUAGCCUCGCGUCAGCAGAGCCCCUUGUUGUCAAAUCCCUUGAGCCAUGCUUUCCAACGUUCAUCCUUCUGGAUCUACCGUCUGCUCGAGAAGUGUUCGAACCACAUAAGUCCGUCCAGUUAUCGGUGCAAAAGGUGCUCAGCUGGUUUCAGACCAUUGGCUUUGGCGCGUCCAAGUUCUACCUCCUGACUGAGCUUUUAUAUCUUUCCAUGCAACAGCUUCUCCGACACAGCAAGUACCAGAUGUUUCCAGAGUGCUAUGGACUCAUUGGGAAAAUGCUGCAUCUUGUUGAGGCCUUGUUGGACAGGCUUUAUGAGCUAGACUCUAACACUGUCGAAGCAUACACAUAUACAAAGCACUACGUGGAGAUUCUGUACCGCCUCACGACUAAGGUAGCAGUACAUUUGUCCACUCACCUUAUACCAUCUACUCAUUUCUAUAGGGAAGCUGCAAGAGACGCGGCAUCGCUUCUAAUUUCAACUCGUUGUCUUAAGUACUACAACGACACAUUAUUUCUUCUCACCACUAAUCAGUCGAAGUCAAGUGCAGUGACGAGUUCAGAUUUUUAUUUAUCUAUCGCAUUUAUCGCGAAUAUCUUGGAAUUAGUUUUAUUAUGUAACUUGUCUGAUGAUGCAACAAAGUCGCGCGCAGUUAAUUGUCAGCUUUUGAAACUAGUGAUGCUUUCAUGGAAGUAUCUAAAACGUAACGCUUUUCUUAACAGCACAAACAUCUGCUCAUUUGCACGCGUUUGCGCACUCCUUACUCUGUUUGAGCUAAUCAUCUUCCCGUCCUGCAAGGACCUUGCAGCACUGGAUACAUCUUUCUCCAUAUUCACUGAGCUGCAUGAGCACAUCACGUUUCCCUUGUUCUUCUUAGCUUAUGCCAAAGAACUAGUUGGAAAGUACUCGUUACUUCUCAGUGAGUGGUUUACUAAAUGGCCGGAUACGAAUGUAGCAAUUUCUGAGGUUAAGCUCACAAAGCUUUUAAGCAUCUAUACCGUUGCUGUUAAAUCCACGGGGUGCGCACGGAUACACUUGUACGCAUCAGCGUUCGUCCGGAAGCUGUUGUCAACGGCGCACGUAUGCAAGUUGUUGUCGCAUAGAGAACAACAAGAACUCCAGACAUUCUGCGCCACCAUAGAGGUACAUGCAUGCUAUUGGGACGCUGGAGCACUGGAUUAUGAGAGUCAAUCGGCGACCGCGUUGCUCACUGAAUUGGAAACCCCCAUUAAUAAGAAGCCAGAAUAUUCUGUGCAACUGGACGAUGUUCGGUUGUCUGCAGAGCUGCUUUCUAUCCCUACUCCAAAGAACCUCUCCGAUAUAUCGAUUAUCCCUCUCAUUUCAAAUGGAUUUCUUCAGGAGAUGCGGCCGCGACAUAUACCACAGACUGAGCUACCCCACUACUCUUCUAUCGCAGACCUAAAGCUUUCUGUAGCCACCCAGUAUGCUAUCGUGUUCAGUUUCACAGUUCCAUUUGCAGGUACAAAGGAGGCCAACAUGCUAUCGGACCUUUUCACUUCUGUAGAUGCUGACAAGAACAAUCCCGAUACAUUUAUGGACAAGAUUGAUGGGCUAAUGGAAGGCACGCUCAACAAGAAGGUCAAGCUUCUGAUGGGCCAUGAUAUGCCCACAUACAAUAUCACGACGUCCUUGGGAGAACAGGUCGAGAGACGAUAUAACGUGAUCUACUCUAAGAGGCUCUUGGAGCUAGUGUCUAAUGAGUUUUAUUCUCUCGCUGACUGUGACACAAGCGACAAUGCGAUUGCACCGUCUACCCCUUCUUCUAAGGCACCUGUGAUCAAAACCAACGAGCUAACUCGGCGGUACAUGAACAAAGAAGAGCGAAAUCGCCGUGCACAGUACCUUCUACAAAACGCACUUGAUGAAUUUGCGGAUGAAAACUUAUUGACAGCUCGCUGCGAGCCCCUGCAGGAAGAAGACCUAUCCUCAGCAGUAAUUACAAAGCCCGACCGUAUUGCCGAUGAUCUAAGUGGUAAACUUAUUCGUAUCUCUACGGAUUCCGAUGAUCACGAUGAUCAAGUCCAAGGUAACCUUGAAGCUGCCAUCUGUGCGCAUGUCCAUGAAGACCAUGGGAGUGCAAAGGAAUGCCCUGCAACAGAGUUUAGCGGGGAUGAUAACGAGUAUGUUGACUUUGAUGUAGAUGACGACACAAUUGAGGGCCAGUUGCCCGAUUCUAUCGUAACAGCUCUUCGCCAAUCAUAA